AUGGCGACAGAUUCUUUGAAAGCCCUGAUUACUAACAUUCCCGACUGGCUUAAACGUCUCGAGGAACUCAAUGGACAAAUCGAUCAGCGCCAGCAGGAUCUGGCUAUGUUACCUGAGAACCAAUCCAAGUCUUCAGCUCGAUCUAUAAGGAAUAAGGGGUCAACAGAAUCUCUAAGACCGAGAGAUGAAGGCGCACCUGGCCAAAUACUAGACACGAUACGCGUCUCGACGCCACCUCCCCUAGCCCCGAAUGAACCUCGACAGCCAAAUGACGGUGCUGCUGAGGUACCCUCGAGUCCCGUGAGUGAGCCACGAUCGAACACCUCCCUUCAACGUCAGACCAACGAGGUUAUGGCAACGGCACAGCGACGAGCGCGCGCCGUUGUUCGGAAGAAGCCGAAGACCGAAUCCAUGAUGAGCACCGAGAACGCCGUCCAAAAUUAUAGGUCACGGAAUAUGAUCAUCGUAUACUACGACAGUUAUGUACAGUCAUUCUUUGAGGAGUUAGUCAAGUUCGUGUCGAUGCAGCGCAAUGCCAUGCGUAAAGCGAAGAUGGCUGCCAAAGUGGCCCGCAUCAGACGUCUAGCCGAGAUUGAGAUGCCCGAUGAUGACGAGGAGGACAGGCCGGGUAGUGGGAAUGGUGAACUAAAGCCCAGGGAUAAUCUCAUCGCCGUCGCCGCCGACGCUACAGGCAUACAAGCUAAGGAAGAGUCAGCGGAAGAUAUCAAGCUCCGCUUCAAGAGCACUCGGCAAAUGGGACCACGAAACGUAGUUGCCGGUAGGGUGAGUGCGCGGGUGACUCGAUCAGGUCUUAAUGGCGGACUGGGCGCAUUCCAGGACAGGGGUGAUAUCUGGGAGGAGCUAGACAAAGGCCUCGAGUUCGUUCAGGGUAUGUGUGAACAAGGAGCACAUCAAUUUCUUCGAGACGGUGACUGCGCCGAAGAGAUCGAAAAGAUUAAAGCGCGCCUUGCUUUGACGAAGGAGGCUGCCGACAAGGAACUAACACGUUCUGAAACGGAAAACACUCCCGAGCUAGCCUCGCCCUGGCCCAUCCAGUCCCGGAGCUAUCGCCCCACAACGAUGCGGAAGAGUAUGGGCACGCCGGCAUUAAAGACAUCUCCUAAGCAAGAAGUCGUCAAGCAAAAUGUUAUUGAAGUGGAGGACGAAGGGGUACAGGAUAUGGACGACUACCAGCCGAUCUCCAAACCGACAGGGCAAAUAGAUGGACCCACGUCUUAG